GGUUCGGAAAAAGUGGAAGUGGAAGCAACUGAUGCGUGUUGGAUCGGGGGCUGGAAGGAAAGAGGAACGUCAUUUUUUUUAUCACUUUCAUUCAAUCGUUGUCCACAGCUAGAAACAGGAGAAAAGCGCAGAGACACAUCAUUCGUCAUCGCCCUCAAUUCUCCCCGUACGAAGUUGGCAAUUGGCAAUUAUAAUUAAUAAUCGGGAGCUCCGAUACGGUAAGUUAUUUGCCUCCGCUGGAGUGAAUUGAAGGAAAGACUCCGUGUCGAAAAAAAAAGGGGGCGUCAACUGGUGAGUGAUGUCCAAUCCGUUCGAGGAUCUGGACGACCACCCGGGUUCCGGUGGUUCCACCGGUGCUGGCAGUGCGUUUCUACUCGGUCCUUCGGAUGACUCGGAAAUUUUGGAAGGAUUCCUAUGUCCAAUAUGCAAGGCGGACUUGAAGACACCGGAACGGUUGACGGCUCACGUCGAGCAGCAGCAUUCCGAGGAGCAGGAUCUGCUGAAAUCGUUAAAGGAGAUGUUCAGCUUUGCGAAGAAGAAAAUCCUAAAUCUGGACGAAACGGCCAACGAUUUGGCAAGGAGUUUGGACAGUUCUCUGUUGGUGGUGAGCAAGCAGGAUCGAGUGCCGAUUGUGAAUCCGAUUUACUCCUCGGACCAGUCGGUGGGUACGGAUUGUGAUUAUUUGGGUUAUUUCAAAGCGGUUAGGAAUCCCCGUUUGGAGAGGUACGCCUCCGAGACGAAUAAGCUAAUUAUUAGACUGGAUAAGCUGUUGGAUGGACUGCCGAGUGAUCCGGACGCGCGGAAGAAACACGAACAGAGCAAGGUGCCGUGGAUCGAUGGGAAGCUGGUUAAGUUGUGUCCGAGCUGUGCGAAGAGCUUUGGAUUGACACGAAGGCAGCACCAUUGCCGGGUUUGUGGAUCGGUUAUGUGCGAUGGGUGUUCGUUUCAUUUGUCUUUUGAUGAGGCAAGGGCCAUCGUCCAACCGGUGAGUCCCGGAAUGGAGUCGAUGAAACCGGUUCCUCCACCGGAAGAAUCGGGGAAGGAUCAUGACUCGUCCGGUUUCCGAGUAUGCGAGCACUGUCUCCACCUGCUGAUGAACCGCAAAGAGAUGCAAGACUCCCGUUCGGAUCGACCGCUUAUUACGAAGCUGUACGACAAACUGCUCCAUGAAAAGAAGGACAUCGAUCCAGACAUUCCCAUGUAUUCCAAGAUCAUCAACAGUCUGUACGAAGGCGAUGCCAUCUACCGUCUGUCGGAUGCCAGUGCUCUGCGGGAGAAGAUAGGGCGUUCGGCGGAGAGGAUCGAUAACAUUAGCAAGACCAUUCUGGCCAUCCCAUUCGCUCAGGGAAGUCGCGAAGAGGCGCUGAAGAAAACGAUCCGUUUGUCGUGCAUUUCAUUCAUCAAGGAACGCAUGCUUUCGAUUCCUCCGCUCCCGGUGGAGGAAGAGAUUAAAAAGAUUCAGCUUCGCAAGAAGCAGGAAACCGCCCGGAGGAUCGAGAGGGAACGGAGACUGGCACUGGAAGCGUACGAAAAGUACGAACUACAAUCGGAAACGACGCCCUACAAUGGGAGUUCGAGUUCCAGCACGGCUUCCACGGCGGAGAUGACCAACGGGAGGUUCUACGGUCCGACACCGGUGACCGGGUCGGACAACUGGAGUGGCUACCAGGCUGCGGGGGUGGCCGUCUCAAGCAGCGCGGAUCCGUUGAUCGAUCAGAUCAACAUCGUCAAGGGGUACAUCAAGCAAGCGAGGGAAGCGCUGAGAUUCGAAGAGGUCGAAACGCUGGAGCGAAAUUUGAGCGAACUGACGCACGAGUUCUACGAGAGGCAAAGAAGAGCGGCUGCUGCCUCGGUGGUGGCUUCAGCAGCGCAAUCUAGUGGGCAUCAUUAAUGGUAUGGAGAAAAUUGGACGAGCGAACGCAGGAGAUAGUCUUUCAGCUUUGCGGCUUUAGAAUUAUGAAUGGUGUUAUCCUGGAACUAGAUAACCGAAAAAGAAAAUCGAUUGAAUAGGUUUAAUUGUGAUUUGACCCACAAGGGGUUUCUCGACUAGAAAUGAAACUAAAUACAUGUAUUAUUCUGAUAGUCAAAUGAUGAAUGCUUUCCGUGUAUUUUGCUUUAAGACCUAAGAAGUCGUCUUCCAGAAUAUUUUCCCUGAAUUUUCUGAAGGUAAGAAAAAGUGUACUUUCAGGCUCACUGUAGUAGAAAAUCGUGUUUUGUUACCCCUUGUGAUUCAAAUCAAAGACAAAGAUUUCCAGAUCGAAAAACAAACCUGCUUAGCUAGUAAGGCUGCAGUUUAAUUUAUUGUUAUCCAACUUAUUCCUACGUGUUAUCAUAGUAAUAACUAUAAUUAUAUAUUAUCAAUUCAAGACAUCCAACGAAAAAUAUACCUAAAUGUAUUUCAAAUACAAUAAACUUUGAGUGGUUUUGAUUCCAUGUCCUUGAGUAGAUUUUGGAAGAUUCACAAUUUAA